AUGAGUAAUCCCAUGUAUGAGGAAAAGAUAGAUGGCACAUCGAUCCGUCUUCUCCGGUUCUCUCGCUCCGUCGAUGGCGGCUUCAAGGGCAAGCUCAGAGUAUUCCGGCUCGCCGAUGCACCGCCCUUCUUCAGUGCCUCAUACACAUGGGGCGCGAAGAGUUACUCAGAAGACACCAUUCAGCUGAAGGCUGGACGUUUACCGGUACUGGACAGUCUGGCUCCCUUCCUGCGGAUGAUUAGCCAGCACGAAGAUUUCGACAACGAUGACUGGUGGUGGAUCGACUCCCUUUGGCCUGUAUUUCGAUCGACCCUGAAUCAAACACAGCAGAAACUAGAGGCUGGAACCUCUAUUAUAUGA